CGGCAAACUCCAUCGGCCAACUUCGCGUCGGCGAAACUUGCGACGCGGGUUCUCCGAAUUCUCGGUCAACUCCUUCACGUUGUCAUCGAAUCAACGGCUGCUGGCAUGGAGCCCGGGACUGAGCCACCUGCUCAAGCAGGCAAUUCGUCGCGAAAGUACACCAUCAGAAGCAACUUUGGCCAGUCGAGAACGCCUCGAAGCCGCAAGAACCGCCCGUGCGAUGCGUGCCGCCGCCGCAAGACGGCCUGCGUCAUCCCCAACAAACCCCCUUGUCUCUUCUGCAGUAGCAGAGGCUUGGUCUGUCGGUCAUCGGCUGCUGAUGCGGCUCCAGACCCUCACGUCACGACUCCAAAGGCAUCGCCUCUCUCCAAUGGCCCCGAGAGUUCGGAGGCUGGCCCUUCUCCCGCUAGCACAGAUCGCCAGAGCGUGUACGAGGGCUCUGUCUCAUCUACGAUAGUCAGUGAUGGUCUCGUGCGCCAGCCGGUUCUCGUGGACAUAGAUGCCGCGGCAUCGUUCGCCUUGUCCGCUCUGGAUCCGCCUGAGACUGAUGUGCACACAUUGGAAGACAUGGAAGACAGAACGUCGCAUUCGAUGGGGCUGGCUGGCGAGCAAGACACGUACUUUCUCGACUCAUUCAGAUCGGUGCUUCUGAGCGAGCAGGACGAGAUUGAUGCCAACUUCACCCAGGUCUAUGACGGCAGCUCGCAGCCGCAUCAUCAUCCGGUCCAUUUUCUGAUGCUCCUCAACGGAUUCCCCGACCACACGAAUCUCGCGAUGCAGGAGGCUUCGGAUGCCAUUGAGAGCCGUGUAUGGCCUCAUGGUCCGGCUCUAGUACGCCUGUACUUUAAACACGUUCAUCCGGCGUAUCCGGUCGUCUCCAAGGUCCGUUUCCUGCGUCAGUACGCCGCGGCCAAGCUGGAGAUUCCAGCUUCACUUCGCGGCGCCGUGUAUGCGUUGGCCUGUGCGUUCUGGCAUCGCGAUCCAUCGCUCGAGGGACCAUGUCCCUUCCAGCAACAUGAAAUUCUCAAACAUUGCCAUAUAAGUCUCCGACGAGAGCUCGAGGCGCCCAAUCUGUUCAAGCUGCAGGCGUGUCUACUGCUGCCGCAUAUCAUACCUCCAGAUAUUGACAGCGUCGAAACACCAAGCACUUGGAUAAUGGCAUGUCAAGCUACUGCAUGUGCUCAAAUGAUUGGUCUCCAUCAGGAUCCUGGAUCAUGGAGCAUAGCAGCCUGGGAGAAAAGGAUACGGAAGAAGCUGUGGUGGGCUACGUACGCCAAUGAUUGCUGGUCCUCCGUGUGCCACGGCAACCCGCCGCACAUUGGCUGCGACACGUUCGACACGACGCCUCCGACCUUGGAUGACCUCCGUUUCGACGAAGAUGUGCCUGAAGAAUUGCACUACUUGGUGGAUCCUGAAAACACCAGCUUUCGAAUAUCUGACGGGGCUCGGUUCUUGGAGAUGGUCAACAUCGCCCGGAACUUGCGAGCAAUUCUAGACUGCAGCUUCCAAGUGAAGAGGAACAUGAGUAACCCACAAUCUCGACCCCAGCUUACGGCAUUGCGUGAAACGCUCAAAGACUGGCCAAGUCUUAUCCCGCAGUGUUUGAUAGUUGAAAAGGACACCCGUCACAAUGGCCCUCUCCAUCUGUCAUUCCACGCUACCCAAGUUCUCUUGUUCCGCGGUCUUAUGUAUCCAGCAACGAAAGAAGCAAAGGCCACUCCCGGUUCAAACCUGCGGCAGUGGCUCACCGUAGCACUCGCACAGUUCAAAGUGUUUACCACUUUUAUGAGAGACAUCACUGAAGAGGAGUUGACCGGUUUCUGGGUCCGCCACGCCCGAUCUCAGCUCAUUCUCUGCGGCAACUUUCUCAUCUACUUAUUUCUGCUGGCAUCCGAACCACACGAUGUUGAAGCAGCUUAUCAGCUGUUGGAGAAGUUUCACCAAUCGUUGCAGCGUCUAGGGGGCACGAAAGAUAUCAGUGCAAGAUUACUUCUGCGACCCGCCAUGCUACGGAUCGACUCAUUCUUUAUCCAAGCCACUGAGCUCAUAAAGCAGGGGCGCAGUGGAGUUGGGGAGUCUCCCGCCGUUAGUGUGCAAUAGAAUAUGUGCUUGAAUUAGUCAACUUUGUCACAAUCGUGACACAAUUUCGUGAACAAACGUAGUAGAUAGUGCAUAUGAGGGGUUAACAGCACGAUUAGCAGCACGAUACCGGAGGACUGUCCUGAUGUAGUCAAAUGAGUGCAUCACAAGGUCAGAUAUUGGCAGGCUAGGUCAUUCUGCUGAAGGAGUAUAACAUGUGAUGAAUAUCGGCAAACCCAAUCUCUACUUGAUCAUCGAACAGAUCGGCCAAGAGUUUAUCUCUCGUGCAAUCACAACGACAAUCGUAAGGGGUUUGCCGAUGUCGCCGUCGUUCGGGGAACUAUCGGCUAGUAGGAGCCGGUCCCACCAGUAACUAAGGCUUGGCUUACACCAUCAUCAUCCUCUAGCUCGUCCUACGCCGAGACCUUACUACCGCU